AUGAUGGAGAAGCCAGAUCAGUUUAUGCAACCGUCUCCUUGGCUCGACCGGCUCGGCUGUGUAGCAUAUCUCCAGGGCUUUGCCGAUAAGAAGGAUUUUCUGCGUAGGCUCAUCUCUCUGGAUUUAGAUCUAAGUCCGGAAGGGUUAAAUGAAUCAUAUGAUUUUACCUAUCUUAUGGUCUUCAAAGUACUUGAUCAGUUAAUCUGGGAAGCCCAGGGGCUUAUCUACCGACAAGAGGUUCCUCUUAACGCCAGAUUCGAGGUUGCAAGAUAUGAUAUGAAUACGGCCAGCCGGAAACCAUUCAAUUUCCGUCAUAAGCAAGAGACAAAGCGAAGGUACGCAAGCACACUUAAGCAGCUUAUUGUCUAUACUCUUCGUUGCCUCGACCUCGAAGAUCCAGCCGAGAGGCCACCGUUUAAAGUCAGCCGUCAGCAACAGAAGGCAUACGAAGACCUGAUGGCAGUUGGUGAUGAAUUGGAAGACCAGUGGAAGGCGGCGCGAGGGCAAUUACCUGAUCAGGGUUAG